AUGGACGAAAACCAAAAGGCAUUCUAUUACUUCUCUUAUAAAUCAUAAUUGUAAUUAUCUAUUUUAAUUCUAUAGAGCUGCACAAUCAACUAGAAGUUAAAUAUCUCUUUCAUAAAGUUAAGAAUAAGCAUCGAUGGCAUUUUAAUCAAGAAUUAAGAUUUAGAAGAAAGAUCCUCUUGCUUUGAAAAGGAAAUUGAGUCCUGCAGAAUUGAUUCCAUUAGAUGAAGAAAUUUUAGAACUUUAUGAUGAUUUUUCUAGAAACUAUUAACUGUUGGGACAUAUCAAUUAAGCUGACACUUAUUAUAAAAAAUAAAGUCCGUUUGAUUUGAUUUUAUCACCACCUAUUAAAUCAGUGAAGAGUGCUAGAUCAUUUGAUUCAGAAGAACUAUUUUGUGAGUAGAAGAAUAAGUUAAUAAUUGAGAGAUUUAAAUUUUAUUAUUUUCGACUGAAAAUUAAAGGCAGACCUUCUCCUUUGUCUUUGUGUUUUAAUUUUACAGAAAGAGUGGUGGGUCUUAAAAUUUAUUUAUCUACAAAGGCAGAAUUUCCUUCAUCUUUUAAUGCAGAUUAAUUUGUUUAAUCAAAAUAUGCUACUUUAAUAAGUUAACAUGGGCAUAAUAAAUUUCAUGAAAAUUAUUUAUAUAUUUCUAUACAUUGUGAAACUGAUACAAGAUUAAAUAUAAAAAUUUAAUUUGGAAAGCAAUCUUUAAAUUAAACAGAAAAUUUAUCUAGAAAAUUGAAAUCUGAAAUUAAUGAAUAAUAAUUACCAGAUAUAUAGAUAGAAGAAAGUCAGUUUAAAAAAAGUAUAUUUAUGAAUAAAGAUAAAAUUGUUAGAAAUUUAAAUGUGACACAAAAUUGCAUGAAUAAAAAAUUUAAAUUUUUAUUUGACUUAUAAGUAUAUCUAAUUAUCUACAUAGUCUGAAAGAAUAUCAAAAUAAAAAAGUGCCUUACAAAAUAAAAAAAUUGUAUCUCGAGAGUUCUAAUUAUAAAAAUUAUUAAAAUAUUAAACUAGAUAACUAAUACCAGAAUAUAGAAAAUAUGAGAGAACAUUUAAAUAAAAUAAUAGUGUUUUAUAAAAUACUUAAAUGAACUGGUUUUAAAUAGUUUUUGUUCUAUAAUUAGCAGAUGCUUUAUAUUAAAGUCUUCAUGAAAUUAAAAAAGCUUAUCAUAUAAGAGCUUCAGGAAUGCUUUUAGCUUGGAGAUGGAAGAUUAAUAUUUUAUUAGUAAUCAAAAGAAAUGGAAAUACUAUUUAAGAGAGAAGCCUUCAUUAAUCAAAAAUGGUAUUUAAAACUUAUGCAAAAUUUAUAAAAAAAACAAUAAAAGUUUAGGCAAGUUAAGUUUUAUAAUCAGUUUUAAUUUAAACAUUUCCAGUGAUUUCAUUAAAAAAUAGAAUGCUUAAAUUUAGAUCAUUGGUUUUAAAAGUCUAAGUUAAAUUUAGAUGGUUAAAAUAUUAAAAAAGAUUAUUUUACGAUAGAUUUUGGAAAAAUAUUAAUUAAGUUUAUUUUUAAGUUUUAAAUGAACUUUAAAAUAAAGGCAAAUAAAAUUUAGAAAAACCAGCAUUGCUCAAAAGAUCUUCUAUAUAUUUGAUUGAUACGUAUUGUUAAAUAUUUAUGAAAUAGAAAUACUAUGAUUCCUUUAGUAGAAUCUUAUUUAUUCUAGAUAAAAAAGAAUUGGCUUGAAUAUAUUCAUUUCAAAAGAAUUAAACGAUACUCAAUUUAUUCUUUCUAAUUUCCUUCUUAAUUCGAUAGAUUAAAAGCAGUUGCAUUUUAAAUUAAGGAACCUAAGUUGUUCAGAGAUCCAUCAAUAAAUGAUUUAACAUUAAUAAUUGAAUAGUAUGCUUUGAUUAAAAAUUUAAUAUGA